AUGUCUUAUAGGAAUCACCAGACAUCCUCCGGUACACAUGAAUUAAAUCCAGUAACCGGAUUACAAAACAACUCGUGGAAGACCUCGAAUCCCAUAUCUGGAAAUUCUUCAAGGGUUUCCUCUCGCAGUCCUACCGUUCGGACUCACGACUUCGCACAUCAAACACGAGAAAGAGAAGUGUCACCAAUCAGUCCAUUGACCGACGAAGAAGCAGGUUCCGAUUUAGAAUCCGACGACGAUAUGGAAGGACGAAGACCUCCGCUACAUCGUCCUACAGAUGGCCGUUCACAUCAACCAUUAUUACACAAAAAUGAUGAUCCCGAGAGGGGGAGGUUAGGAUACAAUGCUUCUCAAGAUCCACCCGAACGUCCUGCAUUUUCGAGACGAUCUACUAUGCGAAGUCGUAGUCCGGAUACUCAAGCAAAAUUAGAUACGAGAAAGAAAUAUACAUAUGCAGCCUUCUUUUUGGGCUUGAGUUUGAUUAGUUUCGUUAUACAAACCGAAACGGCAGUGUAUAUUCAACAUCAAUUAGGGUGGAACAAAGCAUAUUGCAUGUUAUACUUUACUCACGGAUCAUGGUCAUUAUUAUGGCCAACUCAACUUUUAAUAUUGCGAUUACAAAAAUGGAAAAUGCCAUGGAAGACAUUCUGGAGAAGACACGUAUAUCUCAUUCGAACAACCGCCCAAAUGGUAGAGUCAGGACAACUAGACGUUCCGCGAGGCCAACGAUCCCCAAUUCCGUAUAUGCUCAGAAUGACCGCAUUCGUUACAUGCGCUCUCACAGUUGCUGGUGGAUCAUGGUACGUGGCAGUGAAUUUAACAUCGCCAUCUGAUCUCACGGCUAUAUAUAAUUGUUCGGCUUUCUUCGCAUAUGCAUUCAGCGUUCCCCUUUUGAAAGAACCUCUUAGAUGGGAUAAAUCUUUCGCGGUUAUGGUUGCGAUUGUAGGAGUUUUGAUCGUGGCAUAUGGAGAUUCUACGCCCACGAAACAUGGAGGAAAGUCUGGAGGCUCAGUAGGUGGAAAGCCUGGCGAUGAAGAUGACGAGGCAUCAAAUAGAGUUUUGGGCAACCUUGUUAUUGGUGUUGGCAGUGUUUUAUAUGGUUUCUACGAAGUUUUGUAUAAGAAAUUGGCUUGCCCCCCUGAAGGAACAAGUCCCGGGCGCGGCAUGAUAUUCGCAAAUACAUUCGGCUCACUAAUCGGUUCAUUCACUCUUCUCGUCCUCUGGAUUCCUCUCCCAAUCCUUCAUCUCACUGGACUCGAAACCUUUGAACUUCCCCACGGCGAAGCGGCUUGGAUGCUUGCCAUUUCCGUCCUCGCAAAUGCGACUUUCUCUGGAAGUUUCUUAGUUUUGAUUAGUCUUACAAGUCCCGUUCUAAGUAGUGUCGCUGCACUAUUGACAAUUUUCCUCGUCGCGAUUGUGGAUUGGGCAUUCACGGGGGUACCAUUGAGUCCGGCAGCUAUUUUGGGGGGAUUGUUGAUUAUUGUGGCAUUCUUGUUACUCAGUUAUAGUACAUUUAGAGAAAUGCAGGAGGAGAGGAGAAAGAGAGAAGUGGAUUUGAGUGAGAAUGAUUCGGAUAGUGAUAAAUUCGAUGAUUAG